AUGGCGCGUACGCAGGGCCUAGUGGUACUGGGUUCCGUUAUUCCGCGGCCACCAGUCCUGCGGAACGGGUCGAGGGCCCCGCGGCCGGCACGCCGGAACUACCGCGGCUGUAUACGGCACACGGGCCGUGACACGUCAAGACGUCACGUCGCCUAUCGUGCAUGGCGCACGUGUCGCGAGCGCGUCGUACGGGGAUGGAAACACCCGGAUGUAAUAGCGCAUAUUGUAGCCUGUGACUGGCCGGUUAUGAAUCGGGCAGCGCGGUACGUCAUUCCAGAUUUG